UAAGACAGACGUUCUCACCACGCAUGCGCAGCCCGGGAAGUUCUUUCCAAUCUUUUCCCCACCUUCUCUCCCCUAGUUCUGCGAGUUGAUCCACGCGGGGUCUUUAUUUCUGCAUCGCGCAGCGUGAAAUAUGCUUUUCUAUUCCUUCUUCAAAUCCCUAGUAGGGAAGGACGUAGUAGUGGAAUUGAAGAAUGACUUGAGCAUCUGUGGGACCUUACAUUCUGUAGAUCAGUACCUGAAUAUUAAGCUCACGGACAUUAGUGUGACAGAUCCAGAAAAAUACCCCCAUAUGCUGUCCGUCAAGAAUUGCUUCAUUCGUGGGUCUGUCGUCCGCUAUGUCCAGCUUCCAGCCGACGAGGUGGACACCCAACUCCUGCAAGAUGCGGCUCGCAAGGAAGCCCUCCAGCAGAAGCAGUGAUGAAGUUCCAUUUUUUUUAAUGUUUAUUUUUAUUCUCCCUGUGUGACUUAACCUUCCCUGAAGAAGAGCUGCAGAAUGGUGGGAAGUCCCGUUAUCUCUUUACUCGGGGAAGUACCAGCAAAGUUAGCGUUGUAAAUACGUCCAUCCGCAGUCUGUCCCUUGGAUACCGACGAUACGUCCGCUUGCUAAUGUUAGUUCCUUUGCUCCUUCUGAGUGCAGCAUCCAUAAUGGCUAAAGAUGUUCAUCGCCAACCUCCUCUGUCUCCUAGGACUGCUGGAGAUGAAGGUUGGUGAGCCCUAAAUUGGAGAAGAAAUCUUAGUUCACCUCUUUCCGAUUUAAAGCCAGUAAUAAAAUCCUUCCAUUACAGAUCCUCUUCCUUGCACUCAGUGAAUAGCACUGUUAUGUAGCAGGAAAGUCCAGUUUGGGGCAAGGAUUGAUACUCAACCAUGAAAAUGUAAUUAUUUCCGUAGCUUGUUUGCCCUACAAAGUGCCCUAAACACGGUUUUCUUCAUGUCCUUCCUCAUUUCCUUCUGUCCUGAUGCAGCACAGCUAAUGCUGGUGUGAUUUUUUCUCUCUCUCUUCAUGUUGGUGUAUUUCCUAUUUAUAGGUUUUGAAGCGAUGCUUUCUUUGGAAUUUCAGCAGGUUAGAAAAGACCUGCAAACUCCUCAACUAUGGAGAGAGAGUCCAUUUUAUUUUUGUCAUGAACACAAUAAUAUACCAUUCAGUGUCAAUCCAAGCUUCGUUGCAAUAUAAAAUGGCAGUUGUGUUAUCUCUGGUCGUUAGAAAAAGUUGCAGGUUGAGUUCCUGCCAUUUUUGAGUUGUUUUUUUAACAUUUCACUGGUUUUGUUGUUGCCUUUUGUAUUGUUAGUCUUACGUUUUAUGGGAGGUGCACGUUUUUUAGGAAGACUUUUUGAAAGCGUAAUGAUUUGUUAAAACAAAGUGGAAAAUUAAAAGUUUGAUUUGAAAGAUGGCAUUGGUGAUGGGUUACC